AUGGGCAUGCAAAGCAACCAACUGGACCCCAAGACACUGGACAAGAAAAAGAGGGCGACAAUCAGAAGACGGAGAGACAAACUAAGUACCUACAGAAGCAUUGCUUUGCAACAGACAGCGCAGGAUAGAAUGAGACGCAGAAUUGGUGAAGAGGCUUUCCUCCUGCAGUGGGGUGAAACAGAUUUUGAUGACUGUAGCCCCAAUCCAUGUCUAAACGGAGGUAACUGCGAGGAUGGUGUGAAUCUGUUUACGUAUAUCGAUGACUGUAGCCCCAAUCCAUGUAGGAACGGAGGUAACUGCGAGGAUGGCGUGAACCGAUUUACGUGUACGUGUGCUCCAGGCUACGAGGGAAGUACCUGUGCUACAAAUAUCGAUGACUGUAGCCCCAAUCCAUGUAGGAACGGAGGUAACUGCGAGGAUGGCGUGAACCGAUUUACGUGUACGUGUGCUCCAGGCUACGAGGGAAGUACCUGUGCUACAAAUAUCGAUGACUGUAGCCCCAAUCCAUGUAGGAACGGAGGUAACUGCGAGGAUGGCGUGAACCGAUUUACGUGUACGUGUGCUCCAGGCUACGAGGGAAGUACCUGUGCUACAAAUAUCGAUGACUGUAGCCCCAAUCCAUGUAGGAACGGAGGUAACUGCGAGGAUGGCGUGAACCGAUUUACGUGUACGUGUGCUCCAGGCUACGAGGGAAGUACCUGUGCUACAAAUAUCGAUGACUGUAGCCCCAAUCCAUGUAGGAACGGAGGUAACUGCGAGGAUGGCGUGAACCGAUUUACGUGUACGUGUGCUCCAGGCUACGAGGGAAGUACCUGUGCUACAAAUAUAUUUGAAUGUAGUUCCAAUCCAUGUUUGAACAGAGGUUACUGCGUAGAUGGCGUGAACCGAUUUACGUGUAGGUGUACCUCAGGCUAUGAGGGAAGUACCUGUGCUACAAAUAUCGAUGACUGUAGCCCCAAUCCAUGUCUGAACGGAGGUAGCUGCGUGGAUGGCGUUAACAGCUUCACGUGUACGUGUGUUACGGGCUACAUGGGAAGUACCUGUGCUACAAUUUGCCCCGCAGAACUUGGCGUACCUCUUGGUAUGGAGAAUGGAGACAUUCCUGACAGUGAUCUUAGCGAAUCGUCGACUUUCUACGUGUAUCACCCAAGACUUGACAAUUAUGGUCAAGCUGGUGCGCAGCAGACACUGACAUGA